UCUUUUUUCAAUAGACCGAUACAAUACUUUAGUAAAAUAUAAAACAUCUUACUUCUCAUUUAUACUUCCAUUCAGUCUUGCUAUGCGUUUCUAAAGAAGAAAUCGGAGGAAAAAGUGGAACUGAUAUACAAGAAGGAAAAUGUACAUGGCCCAUUAUGAUUGCAUUGCAGCGAGCUACAAUUGAACAAAAAAAAAUUUUAAAAGAAUGUUAUGGAGUAGCUGAUGAAGAAAAAGUAAAACAAGUGAAAGAAAUUUAUGAAGAGAUAGGUAUAUCAAAUAUCUAUUUGGAUUACGAAGAAGAAAUGCAUAAUUUAUUGAAUACAUAUAUACAACAAUUAUCUUCGAAACUUCCAAUUGAAUACUUUUUAUACUUACUCGCUACAUCAUGUAGUAAAAUAGAACGAGAAGAUUAAUUGUACAAGAUAUU